UUGCAGGUGAUAAAGACGGACCUGUUCAGAGUUCUAAGGGAGAAGUGGGGUGCAAAGCUACAUUCCCUUAUAGAAGACAAGGUUUUCCCAGUUGUUGGUGAUAUAGCUUGUGAUAGUUUGGGGAUAAAUUCUGAGAUGAAAGAUGAGAUGUGCAGAGAAAUAGACAUAAUUGUAAACUCAGCUGCUACGACAAGAUUUGAUGAAAGAUAUGAUACUGCAAUAAGGAUCAAUGCAUUGGGUACCUUGAAUGUUCUCAAAUUUUCCAAGCAGUGUUCAAAACUAAAGAUGCUUCUCCACGUAAGCAUAGCCUAUGUUUGUGGAGAAAAGGAAGUAUUGAUACUAGAGAAACCAUUGCACUAUGGAGAGACGCUUAAUGGAGGCUCUCAAUUGGACAUAGAAGUGGAGCAAAAGUUGGUAGAGGAGACACUAAAAGACCUUAAAGCUAGGAAUGCCACUGAAAAAAAAGUAACUUUAGCUGUGAGAGUUCUAGGUAAUGAGAGGGCAAAGAUACAUGGAUGGCCAAACACAUACUCGUUCACAAAAGCAAUGGGAGAGAUGCUUUUGGGACACCUGAAGGAGGAUCUCCAACUCAUAAUCCUUCGGCCAACAAUUAUAUCGAGCACAUACAAGGAGCCAUUCCCAGGAUGGAAUGAAGGACUGAGAUAAUGACUAUAUACCAUUCAUGCAUGCACACAUGGAAAAGAAGAAUAAGUCUUAACGAAACCAAUCAGAUUCUUCCUUCCACAGAACCAUGGACACCUUCAUUGUUGGAUAUGGUAAAGGGAAACAGAAUGUUGCGAUGGGUGAUAGAGAAUCAAUACUGGAUGUCGUAUGUGACUCAUGUGUAUACCUUAUCUCAUAAUGGAAUGCACAAGUUUCUCUUAUUUGCAUCAGCUGGUCUUAAUUAGUUCAUCUACACUUCGAGUUCCUAAGUAUGCACACUUUCUUAAUGCCAUCUUGCAAUUUUGCCCAGAUUCCAGCUGAUAUGGUUGUGAACUCAGUCAUCGCGGGAAUGGUAACCCGUAGAAAUCGAUCUUCCCAUACAGCUAUUUACCAUAUUAGCUCCUCUAGGACGAAUCCACUAAAAAGUACUGAUCUUAUGCAAUUUUCCGCUGAAUACUUCAAGAAGAAUCCAUGGAUUAACGAAACAGGAACGCCAGUCAAAGUCAAGAAAUUUCAUUUACUGGAUAGCAUGGCUAGCCUUCACACAAAUACAUAGCUAUCCACUACAUGCCAUUAUUAAAGAUAUUAAAGUGGGCAAACUUGAUACUUUGCCAACAUUUGCAAGAGCUGCAUACAGACUUGGAAAGAAGGAUCAAUCUCGUCAUUCGACUAGCUGAACUCUACAAACCCUAUACAUUAUUCAAAGGAAUUUUCAAUGAUACCAAUGCUGAAAUGUUGCAAAUGGCAACAAGAGAAAGUAAUGCAGAUGAUACAUUUAAUUUUGAUCCAAGAACCAUUCAGUGGGAAAAAUACUUCAAGGAAAUUCGUAUUCCCGGAUUAGUGAAAUAUGUUUUCUAAAUAAACAGAAUUAUGCGAAUAAAAAAGGCUGAUAUGCUACACUGCUUAAAGCUGUGUUGCUGCUUAAAUUCCAUUAUGAAGUUGUUCAAAUGACAAUGUCAGUUCAAGAAAAUAUUGGCGGUAUUAUAUGUAAUUGAAGGACUGCUUUCUUUGUUUCACAUAUAACUAAUAGUAACUAUUUACCAGCAAACUGAACUCAAAGAUUGGGUUCAUUUUCUUGUACAUAUGUUACGGCUUUCAUCAGAAGAAUAAGUAGCUUUUAUAUAUCAUACACGAUUUUAUAUGAUGUCUAUUCAUUUCUCCAUUUUUUUUUUCUGAUUGAUAAUUUAUGUCAAUACAUCAACAACUUGAUCGAUCCUUUAUUUGAUCAUUCUUUCUUCUUCUUUUUUUCAGCUAUAGCAAGUGAAAAAUUGCUUCAACUAAUUAGAAAACAAAUUAAAGAAAAAUGUCCAAGGAUCAGAUAAUUAUUUAUGCAAUUUUCAUCCACCAAAAUUCAAGAGUUAAACAAGUAGAACAAGGACUGAAACAUUAAUAAUUUAGCAAGUAGAGGCCAAUAU